AUGAAUCCCAAAGAAAAAAAUGAGCACGAUCAAAUGUAUGCAAAGGCUGUAUAUGUGAGCAAUUUACCUUUCCACAUCACUGCAAAUUCCUACAUCCAAAGAAAAAAUGAUCUAAAUACAUGUGCUCACAAUGCUGCUUAUUUAUUUGACCCCCAACAUCAAGGGGAAUAUCUUACUAGUACUAAAUUUGAUGAAGCAUGUGAUAUAAUACAAAAUAAGCUUUACAUGCAGCAUUUGGAAAAAAGGAUUAAUUUAUAUCCCGAAUUUUUGGACGUAUUCCCUCCUGGACAAUGCAAAGUUUUCGAAGAAAUGUUUUUCAAAAUGGAUAUAGACCUGGAUAAAAGAUUGGGGUACGAUGAUAUAAAAGCGGGAUUUGAAAAAAUGGGAUGCCCUUUACCUCAUCUGACAAUUAAAGAUUGCAUCAAAUUAGUCAAUAAAGGAAAUGACGGAAAAUUGACGGUUCCCGAAUUUUUAUUGCUCAUUCGUAAAGGUUACGAAGCUGACGAAUCAUCGCCUUUGAAAAAGGUAUGGGAUGUGUUCAGUGCUUUACCCUACGAAAAAUCGGAUUUCGAUGUAGCUCUCGCACAAAAAUAUAGGCAAGUGCAAGAUGUGCAAAUGACGAGCAUAGAGGACGCCUCGGAUAAAAAAAUGGUUAGGAAUUUUUUCGAAUUAAAAAGUCAAAAAACGAAAGUAGAAGAGGAUUACCAAAAGCAGUUGAUAGAUCAGAAGAAAAAACAAAUAGACACGGAGAAGGAAAAAAAGACCAAAGAGGAAGCCGAAUCAAAGGCUAAAAAGGAAGCCAUGAAAGCCCGGGCAGCUCAUUUCGAAUAAUUUUGCCAAAUAAACAUUUUUCUUGGGAAGAUAUUUUAAAAAAAUUUUCGAAUUUAAAUUUUUUUUAAAGAAUUUGUUAAAUUUAUUAUUAGGGCGUAUAGCAACAAGGAAAAAUUAUAUUAAUUUUUU